GCAUCUAAAACUGUCUUUUUGAGUAACUAAAGCAACAAUGGGACCAAAAGAAAUGUUGCCUUUCUGUGUAAAACUUGUACUGAAUGACGUAGGGGUUGAGUAUUUGUCUUAAGCUAUAUGUAUUUGUCUAAACGUAGGGCAUAAGUAGGGCUUAGUACAGCUUGACAGAAGGAAGUAAGUCCUAACGGGCCUUUUGUUACAUCCAGUUGUUAUUACCAUUCUUGAAUGAUGUCUAACACCGGAGAAUCAAAGCACCUUGCAGCACCCCUAUGCAAACUAGGCAGCCUACUUUUUUCCCUUAUGUAGAUGAUAUAAUGUCACUGUUUCUAGAGACUUGUGUUGGACCAGUCAAAAUCAGUGGGAAAGAUGCAGUUCAUUUUAAGUUCUGGAAAGCAGUCCUUACUGCUUCAGAUUUAGCAGUUCCUGUUUAUGCAAAACUCAUGAUCGAAUGAUUUGAUUGGGGCUGGAAGAAUGUGGCCCUUAAUGACCAAGUAAAUAAGCCUUCCCAUCGUCUUCCCAUAUGAUAGAUCCAUAACUGUCUGAUGUAACAAAGGUCAUGAGAGUCUCUAUUUUAUAUAACAAAAAAAUCACAAAUCAUUCCUGUCAGUGUGCAGAGCACUUCUAAAGAACAAAUUUAAUUCCCAGAGUGGUAUCUGUGAUGGACAUGAAGUUGUACUAAGUACAGUAAGUAAAGUAAAGCAAGGUUAAUCUAAUCUUUUCCAUAAAGCAGACAUUUAAAAUAUCAUAUACUCAAACAGAGAAAGCAGGUAACAGGUCCCUAUUCCAUUUCUUUCAUUCAUUCAUUCAUUCCAACAUUUCUUCCUGAAUUUUGGAGACAUUCUGAGCUGAAAUGAUAAGUAAACAAAAGCCUAGUAUAACAGGGAAAAGAGAGAGUGGGUUCCAGUAGAAGAAGGAUCUAGAGGUUUUUUAUAGUAUCAAUAAGGAGUAUGUGCUGAAGCCCACUCUAUUCCACCUCAUCUCUCAGACAGUCCUUUAUUUACAAGUCUGCCCACCAGGGCAGGUCAAACUCCCUAUUUCUUUUCCUACAAAACUCCAGAGUCUUAAGUCCAGCAGCUUCCAUUUACACUCCUUUGCUCUCUAUGAUGCAGAUAAGUACAAGCAUAUAGUGUCCAAUACCCACACUGACUACAUGGUAUCCUUGAUUGUGUCUGAAAAUGUUACGUGUGUCGAACCUCUAACUGCUAAGAAGAACAUAAAGAAGAUGAUGAUUGAGGAGAAAGAAACAUUAGAGAUCCUCUCCAAAGUGUCAGAGAAGGACUUUGAGAAGGUGUGCAUGAACUACAAGUUCCCUGAUUUCCAUGGGCUUCUCAAAAAGUUGAAAGAGAUGAAGAAGAAAGUGGAGGUUGAGCCUUUGUGUUCCCAGUAUUCCCUGAGAAAUAUGAAGCAGAUGGGUAAGAAAUAUAUGCUGUGUGUUACCAACAUGAAUGAAAAAUACCUGGGCGUCCACAAUUUUCUUGAGGCUGGUGAGCUCCUAACAUUCCUAACAGAGCCAAAAAGGCUGAAAGAAGGGCUGACAACAGUAUUUGAAAUCUGCCUGCCAAACAAAAUGCCAAGCUUCACCUGGAAGUAAAAUGGGCAAGAGUUGAACCAAGAUGAUAAGUAUGAGGGCAUUCUACUGAUGACAGAUUGGUCCACAAUUAGGUCCAGUGGCCCUAGAGCACUCAGUGUUGAGACUGAAGAUCUAGUAGAGAAAGCUUCCCUCUUCAUCAAUCAUAAGAGUUGGUUACAAUUCAGUUCGUCAGCGAACCUGAGAAGCACCCAAGAUGAAAAGGGAAAAACCUGCCUGGAGCACGUGCUGACUUCCAAAGAUGUCACCCUAAAGGGGAUGAAGUAUGAAUGGGUGAUUGAGAGGUCUCUUAAGUACACCAAAAAGCAUGAAGGGAAGAGAGCAGAGCUUAUCAUUAAUGCUGCUGGACUGAGUGAUUCAAGAGAUUGCACAGCAUUGAUUGCUGUGCAAGACAGUGACCCUAAUGAGCGGUACAUCAGUGGCAGUCUAACUGAAGAUGACUUGGGUGGAGGUCACACUAUUAAUAGCAUUUUGGCCAAGCAUGUCUCAUUUUGUUUUCCCAAAACAGGCCAGAAGAAAGGAGCGGUUUCCCAGUGGCAUCCCCAGCGCUGGGCUUUCCAGGUGUGCAGCCUCAUGAGGAGUCUGGGUCCAAGGUGCUUUUGCCACUGUGAAGGGUGUAUGUGUGAUACUCUUGCUCUAACUGAGGAUCCUUCCAAACUCUGUGUCAUCCUGAAUGAUGAGAAGGUGGAAGGAGUGUGGUUCAAGGAUGGCAAGUAGAUUAUGGCCGUGAGAGGGAUCUAGAUAGUGUAGCAGGGAGCCAUCUGCAAACUCAUCAUUGACAGGCUGGGAGAGAAGCAAGAAGGGAGGUACACAUUCAGCCAAGGGACAGAGGAACAGUUGCCAUUGCAGGUAGUCACCCCCUCUCCUUACUGCUGUUCACAAGGCAUACAACAACACAGGAAAAAUGUCAAACUGUAUUUGCAGCUGCAGUUUUCAGUUGUCUUCUGUUCUUUCCAGAUUCUCCUGUUAUUGAAGAACCUGUCCUCAAGCUUUUUGCUGCACACUACGAAGACUGAGCAUACUGCAAGCAUCAAGGUGCCUUAAGGCAAAGUCUUGCCUUGUGCAGUCACAUGGUUCAGAGAUGGUGUUGAGCUGACAGAGAAAGAGGUGAUGGAGAAAACUAGUGACUGGGUUACAACCAAAAAGUGUUCAAGAGAAGACAGUAGAGCCUUUGUGCUGAAUCUGAAAAAUGUCUGUGGCUCGGCUUCUGUCAGUCUUUACCUCAGAAUGGUUGACAAACCAAAACCCUCACAGGGGACAGUAAAGUUCCUGGAAUACACAGGAAAAUGCACUAUAUUGAGAUGAAAAGCACCCAAAGGCAAUGGCGGAAAGCAGGUGACUCACUUCACCAUCAAGAAGAAGAUGGGCUGGGGAAAAAAAUCUCGAAUCAAAGUAAGGGUGGUGGAAAGUAAAUUCACCACAUUUUCUAUGGGUAAGGUGGAGAAAGAAAAAGCCUACCAAUUCAGAAUAUGUGGAGUGAACUCUGAGGGCCUCCCUGAGCCCCUUGAAACAGAAGUUUUUGCUGGACCAGCCUAUUGGGGACGUUCCAAGAUGUCUCAGCUUCAAGUUGUAGAUGUCAGGAAAGAAACCGUCACCAUCGCCUGGAGCUCCCCAGCGCAGGAUGGAGGCUUUCCAGUGGAAGUCAACAUCAUAGAAAGAAGGAAGAAAGGCAGCAAUCUUUGGGUCCCAGUCACCGAAGAGCCAGUCCAAGGUCAGACCAAGAUUAUUAUGUUUUAUGAUGAAUUCCAUGUGAUAGAUAUCAACCAUGCGGGCCCUGGACUUCCCAGCACACCCUCAACCUGUUGUUGCAAAGAAUCCCAUCAGUAUGUUUCUUUCAGCAUUUAUCAUCUGGUUCCUAAACAUGAGCAGCUCUGUGUUCACAUACAGAAGCGUAGGCCUGCAGGUACAGUGAUCCGUCACAGCUCUCCUGCUGUCACGGAGCCUCUAGAACUCAUGAAUGCCCUCCACAUGGUGAAUUUGUCCAGCUCCAGCAUUUUGUUAGCCUGGCAGGAGCCAAACCAGGGAGCUGUGCCAUCAAGAUAUGUACUAGAGGUUGUGAUCAUGGAAGAAGCAAUGGAGUUACUUCUACAAAGAAGGAAUUCUAGCAAUGCCACCUCUAGGUUUGAUCUGACUGUGAGGUUGGAGAGCCACAGGGUGGUUUGUUCUGGGAGGGCAGGGUGCAUUCAUACAUCUUUGCCUACUCAUGGUAUGCUGAAACAUGUCAGUACUGCCACAUGGUUCACAGCUGCAGAAAAGGUCUACAGCAACAAGCACUGUCUGACCCUUGAGCUUCAACGGAGUUGUGAUACAUCUGCAAAGACAAAGUUACAUGAGCAGCUGAGGAAAAACAUCUCCACUUUGGUGGCUGUAGUUGUUUUCUUCAGUGGAAUUGCUGUAGGCCUGGAUCUUACUCCAGGUCUGGAAAUAGCUUCAGUAGCUUCUGAGUGCGUAUAA